CUCAAGCAGCGAGGCAUCCAAGAGCAAUUUUACAACGACAAGGUGAUCAUCGAGAAUUACAUGAAUAGAUGUGGUGAUCCCAACGCCGUCUGAGUCGUUGGAGUAAUGCUCAGGUUGGUUAAAGGGGAUGAAAAGGUCGAGGUCACCCUUGGCUGUAUUAUAUCGCGUCAUCCUAGCAUCAUCGGUCGAGACACUUGCGUAGUCGAGGCAACGUCGGAGCAUGAGGAGUGGAAGGGUAAACAACUGAUUGUCAAGAUCAGUUGGCCGGACAUCUGCCGAACAUCUGAAACAGAUUUUGUGGGAAAAGCUCGAGAGAAGGCUCGAAAUAUGACGCAAGGCAAAAGGCCAGAAUGGGCCCUAAAUCACUUGCCGGACAUUCUCCUCUCCCAAGACUUCGGCUAUGACAUAAAGUCUACUCAGACGAACCUGGUAGAUUUCUUCGCAAAGACCAUGUUUGCAGACAAGAAAUUUGAGUACGAGGGACGUGUGUGUCGAAUCGCUGUCCAAGAGAAACUGUAUUCCUUCGACGAACUGCAGACGCCUCAAGAGUAUGCUCAGGUCUUCUUCGAUAUUUUGCAGAUUCACAAAUGACUCUAUGAUCACCCGGGAAUUAUCCACCGGGAUACUAGCAAAAGCAACAUUAUGUGGCGCCGGACCAUCGAUGGUCAUCUACGCGGGGUCCUUAACGAUUUCGAUUUCUCCUCCUUCCGAGAUGACACUGCU